AACAGAAACAUGUCAUAAGUGUGAACGCUUCUAAAGUUCCUCAUGUUGGAACCACAAGUCAAUCUGUGAAGCCUUCUGAAAUUUCUCAUAUUGGAAGUGAAAAUAUAUCUACUUAUGAAUUGCAUUCAUUUCCUGAAGGCAGAAGGACAUCAUCUGAAUGGGCACUUGAGUUGUCAGCACUGAACAAAAGUGUGGAUCUUUCUGAAGUUUUACCAGUACCUCUCCUUGGAAUCCUAACUGAUGAGCCAUGUCCAUAUGAAAUUUCUAAGGGUCGUGAGAGGCCUUCAGAUGAAUGGGCACAUGAGAUGUUAAUUCUAAAUAAAAGCGUGGACCUCUCAGAAGUCUUACCUGUUCCUCUCCUUGGAAUUGGAGAUGAUGAGCCAUCUCCUUAUGAAUGUGCAUAUGGUCGAGAAAGGCCUUCAGAUGAAUGGGCACAAGAGAUGUUAGUUCUAAAUAAAAGUGUGGACCUCUCAGAAGUCUUACCUGUUCCUUUAAUUGGAAUUGAUACUGAAGAGAAUCGCCCAUAUGAAUUGUGUGAAAGAAGUUCAUCAUCUGAAUGGGCAUUUGAGCGCUCAGCACUGAGCAAAAGUGUGGACCUCUCAGAAGUCUUACCUGUUCCUCUCCUCGGAAUUGUCGAUGAUGAACCUUGUCCAUAUGAAUUGUGUUCAAUACCAGAUUCUGAAAGGGUGAUUUCAUGUGACUAUUUAUCAGUAUACGAAGAAGAAAUCAAUGAUGGAAGCAAGGUAUCAACGAAAGCCAAGGAAAUUCAUCCAAGCGAAGCGACAAUUAAAACCAUACUCUCAUCUGAUUCCACAAUGGAAUCUGUGGAAGAAGACAGAAGUAAAUGUGAUCCCAAGAAGAUUUUACGUUUCAUUAUGACAUCCCUACCUUUUCGAAUAUUUGGAAUUUUGCUGUUUAUAACUGACCUAGUGUUGACAGUUGUGGAUAUUUUAGUUCCUCAGAGUGAAAAUUAUAUUCCAUAUGAAUACAGAGUGACAUCAUUAUCAAUUAGCCUAUUUUUCCUUAUUGAAGUUCUCCUUCAAAUAUACGUAGACGGGAAAAAGCAUUAUUUUUCUGAUACAUUUAACAUCUUAGACACACUGAUCGUUGGUGUCACUUUCUGCAUUGAUAUUACAUAUAUGUUUCUGGAUUUUAAAAUUUUUAAAGACAUGUCACGAGUGAUAGCAAUCUUGCGACCUCUGCAGCUCAUCACGCUUUUAAGACUGCUUCAUCUAGUAAAUCAGAGGAGACACCUUGAAGAAGAAACUAGAAGAAGGCUGAUCUCAGGAGAUACAGAAAGAUACAGCAAGGAUAGACUUGCCCUUAACUUGACCUACAUCACUGAGCGUAUUAUUUCCAUAUCAUUUCCUGCGUCUCUACAACAGUCACUCUAUAGGAACUCCAUAGAGGAGGUCAUCCGCUUCCUCGACAACAAACACUCUAAUCAUUAUUUAAUGUGCAACCUGUGCAGCGAGGAGUCUUUUGACCCGCAGCACACUCAUGACCGAAUGCGCUGGAUUAAGAUCGAAGAUCCCUUUGUCCCUACCCUUGAGGAGAUGAUUCUGUUAUCCAAAGAAGUCAUUGACUGGUUGGCCAUGGAUGCUCAGAAUGUCAUUGUGAUUCACUGUAAAGGAGGCAAAGGGAGAACAGAGACAAUGAUUUACACUUGCCUUAUUGCAACUGGAAUGGUUUUAACCACGAAGGAAACUAUUGAUCACUCUGGAGAACAAAGAUUUGAUACGACUUACACGAAUGAAUUUCAAAAGAUUGCACUUCCAUCACAACAUCGUUAUGUGGAAUAUUUCAAAAUUGUAAAAAAUGUGUUUCACGGGAAUUUACCACCAAAGAGAAAGAUUAAAAUUGAAAGAAUUGUAGUCCAUUCGCUUCACGGGGUCGGGAGAGGAGAUGCAACAGAUCUAAAAAUAGACAUCAUAAUGCAGUGUAAGACUGUGUUUACUUGCACAUCAGAAACCUGCAUGUUAUUGCAUGAUCUCAAAAGGAACAUGGCUAUAUUUCUUCUGUCAGAUUGCCCAGAAUUGUGUGAUGAUAUAAAAAUCAAGUUUUUUUCACCUAAACUUCCUAAAUACUACCAGAGCUGUGCUUUCUUUUUGUGCUUCCACACCUCGUUGAUAAAGAAUAAUCGGCUUUACCUGAGGCGUAAUGAACUGGAUAAUCUUCAUAAACCAAAAAUAUGUGGGUUUUAUCCCACUGAUUUUGCUGUAGAGAUCUACUUCGAAGAGUAGUUACAUAAACUAUUCUAUUUUGGCACACUAUCUGAGGCACCACACCACCGAUGUCUAAAUUCAUGAUACUUUAUAUUUCGGUAUAUAUUAAGAAAAAAAAACCCACUAAAAAAAAAAGA